UCCAACCUGCUGCGAUCAGGAACUGUUCAAAAGCAGUUCACCCAGUUAUUUCCACAGAAGAUUAAGAGCGAAGCUGAAGCCAGGCAGUCAGAGACGCGCUGGAGACAUGGCAGAAACAGCAGCUGUAGAGGCAGCUGCCCUCUCCACACAUCAGCAGCAGCAGCUUUGCGGUGUCUGCUCAGGUAAGCUGAGCGGAGAGAAGCCGGCCGUCUGUGGUCAUUCCGUCUGUGAGUCCUGCAAAACUGAAGACUGUCCCCAGUGUCCCGCAAGGCCUGGCAGUCCCAAACAGAACGGAACAGCUGAAGCUCCCGUGACUAAAAGCAAUGAGAAGCAGAGUCAAGACUCAAAGACAGCAGAGGAGAGCAAGAUCCAAGAAGACCUGAAGGAGUCUGAGGACCCCACGAAGCCUGAAGAGGAGAAGAAGGAUGCAGAGCCACAGACAGAUCAGGGGUCAAAGGAGGAGGCGGAACCUUUGGGCCCCGAUGAUGUGGUGUGUGACUCUUGCAUCGAGAGCCCCCGCAGGGCCCACAAGUCCUGCCUCACCUGCUUGGUGUCGUACUGCGAGGCGCAUCUUCGGCCUCACUUGGAGAACCCGAAGUUUCAAAACCACCGGCUGGUGGAUCCGCUCAGGGACAUCGAGAGGCGGACCUGCGAGAGCCACAAGUGGCCUCUGGAUGUUUUCUGCCGCGCCGACGCCUGCUGCAUCUGUCAGGACUGCCUGAAGGAAGACCACAAGGGCCACAACACCGUGCCCGCGGUGGAAGCGCGUAACCAGAUAGAGAAGGAACUGAGGGAGAAGCAGACGGAGGUGGUGAAGAUGGUGACGGCAGCAGAGAAUGCUGUCAACAAACUUCAGCUCAACACAGUCUCCAUUGAGCAAUCUGUGAAGGACGUACGGGACAUGAUCGAGAGCCAGUUUGAGGAGCUGCAGGCGGUGGUGGAGAAAGCAAAGAAAGAGGUGACGGAGAUCCUGGAGGGUGAAGAGAAGCAGGCACUGCAGCAAGCCGAGGGCAUUCGGGUUCACUUGGAGCAGAAGUGCACAGAUCUGAAGAAGACUCAGGUGCUGAUGGAGAAGAUCUCCAAGAACAAAAAUGACGUGGACUUCCUACAGGAAUAUGCAACGUGGAAGAAAGAAGCCACGGAUAUCUCUCUGCCUGGGAUCUACAUUGGCCUGAUGGACUGUCUGGAUUCCUUCAGCUGUGUGAUCGUUGACUCCACAAAGAAGCUCUGUGCUAUGGUGGAGUCCUCAUACAUCAAGAAGGUCAAAGACACGUGCGGAAACAACAGAGUGGGAAUAAAGAAUACAGUAAAGGCCAUCAUUGCAGCAAAACACAUAUCAGCUCCAGAUCCGGUGGUACGGGCUGACUUCCUCAAGUAUACCGCUCAAGUGACCUUUGAUCCCAUCACGGCACAUAAGUUCCUCCGCCUAACAGAGGAUAACAGAAAGGUGACAAACACCACACCCUGGCAGCAUCCUUACCCCGAUGUGCCCGAGCGCUUUGAGAAAUGGCGGCAGGUUCUGGCCGUGGAGAGCUUCUACAUGGGCCGGCACUACUUUGAGGUGGACAUUGAUGGCGAUGGCAUCCAUGUGGGCCUCACCUACAAGAGCAUUCCCCGCAAGGGCAACGAGAGCAACAGCUGCAUCACGGGGAACUGCUUCUCCUGGUGCCUCCAGUGUAAUGGCCGCACCUUCUCCGCCUGGCACUGUGACGUGGAAACACAGCUGAAUCUGGAGAAGUUCAACCGUAUUGGGGUUUAUCUGGACUACACGCGAGGCCUCCUGGCUUUCUACGGGGUGGAGGACAGCAUGACGCUCAUCCACAAGUACAAGACAGAGUUCCAUGAGCCGCUGUACCCGGUGGUCUGGCUGCCCAAGAAGGAGAGCAUCGUUCUCCUGGUGGCGCCUGGGGAGCCUUUGACUCCGAAAAGGCCAUCUCCUCCUCUCUCACCUAUACACGGAGCUGGUGCUUCAUAAAAAGCUUUUCUUGGAGUACUUAAUAACAGGAGAGGACUGUACUUUUACAAGAAAAUAAAAAAGGCAAAUGUGAAAACUCCCGAACUGGUAAACAGAUUAUUAAAUCAGCUGUAAACAAGUUUAUCUCUGGUACAUGUGGGAUCACAUCAUAUUUAUACUCCUGUCCAGUGUGCCUUUGGGACUACUGUUACUGAAAAUGUUUCUAAUUUCCAUAUGGAAAUAAAAAGGCGUGUCUACA